AUGCAAGACACAUUGUGCUACUCUGUGCUCCUGCUUCUGUUAGGGCAAGGGCUUUUGGGGCAGCCGACUGACCCCAAUGUUAUUGCUGGGGAUCAGGAGCUAUUCUGGGGGUCUGAUCAGUAUGACUUUGCCAUUGUGCUGCCUGCUGCUGGACUGGAGUGCUUCUGGCACUUUGCACACCAUGGUGAGCAGUUCUACUUAACCUAUAUGGUACAGUGGGUAACAGGCGUGGCUAAUGCCAGGCACCUAUCAGUCAAUGUCAACUCCCCAGCGGGGCUCCUGGUGGCCUCAACAGAUGAUGCUACUGGUCAAAUCAACUUCCAGACUGAGGAGACAGGUUUUUAUCAGAUGUGCCUCAGCAACUUCCACAACCGUUUUGGCAGCAUGCAGGUCUUCAUCAACUUUGGUGUGUACUACAAGGGUGCAGAGGAUACACAGAAACAGAAGGUGGAGGAGGAGAAGAAAAAAGAAGAGGCCAGGAAACAUCUAAAUGACACCCUGUUCACCAUUGAGGACAGUGCUAACAAGCUACAGGGAAAUACAUUCCACAUUUGGCGGAAUUAUAACUUUGGACGCAUGAGGAAAGCUGCAGACUAUUACCUGCUUCUCUCCAACUCCAAAUAUGUGACCUGGUGGUCUGCUGCUCAAAGCAUGGCCAUAAUCACAGCAGGAUACCUGCAGCUCUUCUUCCUCAAGAGGCUCUUCCGUACCAGCACAACCACAGAGACCAACAAGCCCCGCUGCUGA